CUGUGCUCUCCCUCAUCUCUCUCUCUGUGCUCUCCCUCCAUCUCUCUCUCUGUGCUCUCCCUCCACCGCUCUCUCUGCUCUCCCUCCAUUUAGGAGCACAUGAUCCUCUGCCGCUUCGCAGACCAGACAGCUGUCCAGCUGCCUUCAGAACGACGCUUAAUAGGUAAACAGUGCAUGGGCCUGGUGGACCUGGACCGCUCCUGGGCAGCAGAGACUCAUGGGUACUCUGUCAGGGUGAUGACCAUGGAGCCAGACAGCUGCUCCCCCAAGAACAACAUGCUGGUGGGUGUUGCUGGAGGCGGGGCUGGAGGGGACAACUAUGCCACACAGUAAACCAGAGGCAUGUUCAGUUGGCACCCAAAGGAAGGUUGAAAAACAAAAGGAACUACCUCGACUUGUCCAAUAAGAAGACAGAUUUACGUUUGUUGUUGCAAAAUGGUUUGCUACGGUUUGCCCUAAUGAUCACGACCCAGGGUUGUGUUCAGUCGGGAGAAAACGUCUUGAAACCAAGUGAAUCAGGGAGGGAGGAACUUGUAAGAAGAACAUAGAACAGGACCCGACAUACAGUCAGUUUCAAACUGAGAAUACAGCACUGUAAGGAAACAAAAAGCAUCAGUCGCUGGACCAAGAUACUAAGUAAAAUCAAUCAUCUCGGAGGAGUUGAGGGAUUUGUCUUGAGAUCAGAGAAGAAUGAAUCACCCUGGUUGAAUUGAUGAUGAUGAUAUUUGACCUACAAUCAAGAAAAAGCCCGUUAGACCCUUUUCCCUAAUGAUGAUCUGGGGCAGGUGUCCAAGUGUUUCAUUCUCUUGGAAUGGUUUUAUGGGUAUUGGAACUGAGCAAUGUCUUUAUUUGAUCCCUUAAAUGAGUUUUAAUGAGCGGGCAAUUAUGUGGAUAUUGAAUGAAUAAACCCCCUGGAACAUGAGUAUAUUCCAGAAGUCUUGUACAAUGUUUAUUUUGAACCAUUGACUUUGCUCUAUUACUUCAUCCACACCAGGACUCGCAACUGUUGAUUUGAUAUACAUUUAGGUCACUGCAUUAUGUAGCUGGAUUGAUAUUUUAGUUCUGUUUCAAACCUUAGUUCUGUUUCAAAAGUGUCUUAACUCGUAAAGCCUGCUUCUUUACCAUUUCUAUUUUUUUUGCCAAAACCAUUCUUGUCUGCCCCAACAGGAUUUACAU